UGCCGAAGAAAUGUUAUAUAUAUAGACACAAGGGGGUAGUUAUUUCAUACAAUUCAUACAAGUUUUUUUUUGAAGCAAAGCAAAGCACAAGUAGUGAGUGUGAGUGUGAUUGAGAUGAGUAAGCAUGAGGGCAUGAGUGAGAUUUUUAGAAAAGGGAAGCCUUUUUUGGCUGUGAUUUUCUUGCAAUUUGGACUUGCGGGAAUGGAUGUUAUUUCAAAAGUAGCUCUGAAUCAAGGAAUGAGCAAUUAUGUGUUUGUUGUUUACAGGCAUGCUGUUGCCACCAUUGUCAUGGCCCCAUUCGCCAUUGUUUUAGACAGAAAAAUACGACCAAAGAUGACUCGCCCCAUUUUCAUCAAACUUAUGCUUCUUGCACUACUGGAGCCAGUUAUAGAUCAGAAUCUCUAUUUUCUAGGGAUGAAAGCGACAACAGCAACAUUUGCAGUUUCAAUGUGCAAUGUUCUUCCUGCUAUAACUUUUGUCAUGGCAUGCAUUCUAAGGCUAGAGCAGGUGAACCUAAAGAAUAUCCGAAGUCAAGCGAAAGUAAUUGGAACGAUUACAACUGUUGCGGGAGCGAUGCUUAUGACACUUGUUAAAGGACCAAUUUUGGAACUAUUUUGGACAAAAGGAAGAAGUAAUAGUAAUGUUGUAAAUAAUGGGGUGGAUCUUCAUCAUUCUUUAAAGGGUGCUAUUAUGAUUACAGUUGGAUGCUUUAGUUGGUCUUGCUUUAUGGUUUUGCAAGCGAUUACGUUACAGUCUUAUCCAGCUGAGCUUUCUUUGACUGCUUGGAUAUGUUUAUUGGGAACAAUAGAGGGAGCAAUAGUGGCACUAGUGAUGGAGAGGGGGAACACAGCAGUUUGGGCCAUUAAGUGGGACACCACACUUCUGGCAACACUAUAUAGUGGUAUAAUAUGUUCAGGUCUCGCUUACUACAUCCAAGGACUAAUAAUGAAAGACAGAGGUCCUGUUUUCGUGACUGCAUUCAGCCCACUAAGCAUGAUAAUUGUAGCUAUCAUGGGCUCCAUUAUUCUAGCCGAGCAAACUUACCUAGGAAGGGUUAUUGGAGCCAUUGUCAUUGUUGCGGGACUCUAUCUAGUUGUCUGGGGUAAAAGCAAGGAUACUAAGCUUUCAUCACUUCCUAUCGAUGAGCAAAUAGCACAAGAAAAGAAAAUUAUGGGAAUAGAAUUAGAAUGUGAAGAAAAUUGUUGUCACAAGGUCACUAUCAAAGUAUCAAAUGGAGAUAUGUGCACCAAUGAUAAAGUAUGUGAGAAAAACAAUCAGACAGGUGAUGUAAGCUAACAGUAAAGGUCAACCUCCAAAGCAAUUCCAUCCAUUUAUCAAACAAAGUUAAAGAGAAAUUUCACCCCCAACAUGAGGUGGUAAAAAACAAGGACAUUUAUCUCUUGGUUGGGGUUAAAAAUAGAUGGUGGAAAUUAAGGGAUUAAACAUAAUGUAUGAGAUACUGAACUUUUGUUACAGAUGGUAGCU